CCUGCCGUACCUGCGGGAGGCGCAGCGUUGCCGUCCAAUAGUAUUUUCAAGGACUCGGCUAGCCGCGACGCCUUCAUUAAGAACGCGGAGAAGACGGCGAACGCUGAGAAGGCUGAGAAGAUCGAGACCGUACAAGAGGAGGAGGUGACGCACGUUCCAGGCUGGGAAGCCACAACUAAGCUGCAAGUCAAGGACGUGACCGACGCGCCGAAAAUCGAGUGGCUCUACAAGGGCCGCGCCAAGUUGUUCCGAUUCAAGGACAACGAGUGGAAACAGCGCGCUAUCGGAGAACUGAAGAUCCGUUUCGACGACGAGUGCGGCGAGUACAUCGUGAGCGUUAACCAGGACAAGACGGGCAAGAUCAAGGCCUGCUUUCCGAUCCAGAACGAACCUAAUGUGUGCGACGCGAAGUUCCAAGAUCCGAAUGCGAAGAAAACGAUCAUGUUCAUCUGCUCCGACUCCUCCGAUGAAGACGAUUUGGGGGCUCAGAACUUUGCUCUCAAAUUCGGCGAUGAGGCAAAGUGCGACCUUUUUCUGCAAAUCUUCAACUCUUUGCGUCAAACAAGGAGUCUUCCUCCUGGGUGGGUUCUGCCAGACAGCUCUGGGGCCGGUCCUGCUUCCGCUCCCACCGCAGCGCCAGCUGAAAGUGGUGCUGCUUCCACUGCUGGCGCCGAAAAAACCAAAGACUCCGGCGCAAAGAGUCCGGCCGCAUUGUCGCCGAAAAAAGUACCCACGAGUGUAGGUGCGGCUCCAGCAGGCGGACUCUUCGGUAGUGUCGCUUCCGCAGCAGAAGAAACAAAACCGGUGACUGGUCUCUUCGGAACCACCACGGCCACAAGUGGAUCUCUCUUUGGAGGUGGCAGCACGAGCGGGGGAGGCGGCUUGUUCGGCGGUUCGGCACCUUCAAGCUCAGCGAGUGGUGGCCUCUUUGGCGGUUCCAGUCAAAGCAGCCCUCCGGCUGCCUGCGGCCUUUUCGGUGGAAGCACGCAGACCACGACCUCGAGUGGAGGAGGCCUUUUUGGAGGAGGUGCCACCAGUCCUAUGAAAGCAAAGGUCGCGUCGACAGCUCCUGGUGCUGCACCGGCAACAUCUUCCUCAGGAGGAGCGUCAGCGGCUCCAGCACUCGGUAGCAACAGCGUCUUCACCUCUACUGCGGAACGCGAUGCCUUCAUCAAGAAAGCAGAGCUGACUGCAAAGGCAGAGCGCACGAAGGAGUUCGAAUUGGUCAAGGAGGACGAAGUGUGGGAUCCAAAUUGGGGUGCCGACAGCAAAGUCCGCCUCCAGGUGAAGAACACCAAGAGCCAGCCAGACGACGAACUCGAGAUCUACCGGCACCGUGCCAAACUCUUCCGCUUCCGCGACAACGAGUGGAAAGACCGAGGAAUCGGAGACGCGCAGUUGUUGCAGAAGGUCGUCGACACCGAAGACGGGACGAAGGAAUCUCAAGUGCGCUUCAUUCUCCGACAAGAAAAGACGGGCAAAGUGCAAGCGAAUUUCGCACUGCCUGACGCAUCUGCCAACUACUGCGUCCUGGCAGCGAAUUCAGGUACAUACAUAAACUUCGAUAUUAAAAAACUCAUCUAGUUCUUGAUGUGUAUGUUACAUUUAAGUAUAGAUACAAAUAACAUUGCAGAAACUGUGGUUCAUUAUGUGAAAGUUGGCACUCAGUAGUUGACGCCUUCUAAUGUAUCUAUCGACAAGCAUGAAACUCCAACUACAAGUACAAGCAUCAAUCACUUAAUCUAAUUCUAGUUCUUCAUCAGCAUUUGCUUCCAAAACUAGGCGAUAGUAACAAGUAGUUGUUUUCACAUGGUAUUUCAGGUAACGACAAGACUUGGUGUUUUACUGCCUACGACUGCAGCGAGGAAGAGCCAGCAGCAACAAUGCUUUCGUUGAAAUUCCGUGACAAGGAUGUUGCCGAAAAGUUCAAGGAUGCAUGGGAUAAUGCUAAGAGCAAUCUAGUGGGAGCUAUUUCAGCGGCAGACGUCAAGAAGUUUGAGAUUGCACUCGCGGAAGCACAAAGCAGAGACGGCAAUGCUCCCAAGCCUGCACCGUCAAGAGAUGUGCCGGAGACGAAGAAGCCAGAGGAAAACAACACCAGUGCGAAGGCAUCAUCGCCGCCAGCAGCACCGUCAAGCAGUGGUGGCCUCUUCGGUGGUGGCUUCGGAGCACUCGGUGGUGCCACUACCACCACUUCCAUUUUCGACAAAGCUGGUGGAUCAUCGACGACUCCCGGGACCGGUCUCUUUGGCGCAACAUCGUCCACCACUGGAGGACUCUUCGGCGCGGCUACAGCAUCAAGUACUGCAGCUGCACCGACAGGUGGAGGUUCCUUGUUCGGAGGUGGCAGUAGCGCAUCCGGAAACCUUUUCGGUGCUAGCAAUAAAGGUGCACCAUCAAAUCCCUUCGCACCAUCUUCGCCUUCGGGUGGUGGAGCAAGGCAAGAUCAAUCGGGAAAGACGCAAGAGGAACUCGAUCUAGAGGAAAUUCAAAAGGAAGUCUGGGAAGGAAAUUACGACGUAAAAGUCCACCUGCAGGCAAAAGACAAAGUGGAAACAGGGUUAGAACACGAGGAAACCGUAUACGUAGGCAGAACGAAGAUACUCAGGUACUUAAUACUUUUCGAAUUGUUCUAGUAGCUGGCUUAGUAAAGUUAAGAUCACGAUUACGGACGUGGAGGUGCUGUAGCUUUUUUUCUCCUGUGUUAAUAUCAAAACAAAAACAACAACUAGGCUUCGCGACGGGCAGAUGAAGCAGCGGGGGCUUGGAGAAACGCGGCUUUUGCGUGACAAAAAUACUGGGCGCAUUCGUCUGAUUCUGCGACAGGACAAAGUCGGCAAAGUCCGAAUCAAUUUUGCAUUGACGGGUGCCAGCGGUCUGUGCACUCUUAGUCGGACGCCGACUCCAGACUUCAAAGAUUUCGAGUCGAACGUCUGGUACUUGACGGUCUUCGAUUGUAGCGAGGACGACGAUGAAGGCCGCACCGAACGCAUCGCUAUUAAACACAAGACAGAAGAACUCUCAGAAAAAUUCGCCGAAAUCUUCAAACAGGCAGUCAUUGAAAGUGAUGGUAUAAUUUUUGUUCUUGUUAAAGUUUAUCUUUAUGGUUGUUAAUAUGGGGUGUGAAAACAUGGUAACAUUCAGAUCAGCGAGCAGAAGAAGUCCACACAUUAAUAAAUUUGCGAAUGUUACAACAUGAUGUUGUUAGAUUUCGAGCUUCAUUGUCAUCGCUUUCGUUGAUUGUCUUAACAAACAAGUCUCUUCCGUCAAUCUUUUUCUCUUUCUACAACGAACAGGCACUACAAGCGGCAGCUUUUCAGGGCACAAGCUCCCGGUCUUGACUGAAGAUAACAGCUCAAUGGCUCCUGGCAGCAAGUCCGCGGAAACCCAGGACCAGGGAGCAGCUAUCGGACCACCCCCAGGCGCAGCGACAAAGGACCUAGCAGGCAUAUAUCUUGAUGUCAGCGGAAAUCAAGUUGGCUGCAUCGACACUGACCGCAUGCUGACUUAUGAAGGUAGAUUGUAAAUAUUGUUUCUUUUUAAUAGUCGUUGCUACCUUAUUAUUUGAGAAUGAUAUUUAUUCUGUGACGAGGAUUUGUUUUGAUUACUUAAGUAGAUGAACAAGCGACUUACAUAGUUUAAACUCUCAAUAUCGACACAGGUACCCCAUAUCCUUUGGUCGAAAUUGUCCCAGAAAUGCGAUUUGAAAUCCACGACCAAGACGUAGGUGCGGUUUGGGCAUUCGAUGCUCAGAUCGAAGCUGGAACUCUCACAUGGGACCACGGUGAAUUCUGGAUCAAAGACUUCUCUCUUCCAGCACGUACUUACUUACAAAUAUCAAUCUUAUCAUAUAUACUUUUUGUUUUUCUAGUACUUUUUAUUCAUGAAAUUUUUAUAUUUUUUCUUAUUGUUGCUUGCAGAAGAUGCUUGGUAAAGUAGAAAGAUGAAGUCAGCUUUAAUACUUACUUAUAUAUAUAGAAGUUUUAUCGUUGACUAAUGUUGAAUUUUCAGCCGCCGGCAAAUCAAAACUCGGAUCGCAAGCGAAGGAGUUUAACAUUUUUACCCCACCAUUGCCUGCGGCGAGCAGUGGCUUUGCUCCUUCUGCUGGUGCAAACGCUAUCCCUGUUGGAGGUGCAAGUCAAAAGACAUCUUCCUUCGGAGCAUCAACGACCACGAUUAGUGCAGCACCCGCACCAGCGCCUUUCCAAUUGAAGAAGCCAGCCGACCCUGACAAGUGGACUUGUCCAGUCUGCAACUGUAAGUGGCCCCAAGACAAGAUGCAGUGCGGCGCCUGCGAUGCAUACAAGCCCGGCGUCGAUGAGGAGAAGAUAAAAAGAGAAAAAGAAGAACAGAAAAAAGCGACAAUGGCAAAGCUGCUCGGCGGCUCCUCCGGAGGCGGUGGUAAUUCCUUCAGAUAGUGAUGAUGAUCUGAGAAAAAGAAGGUGAAGGAUCAAUAAGCAUUACAACUCUUUGAGUAUAAGUUCUGUAGCAGCUGGUGGACAUCAAAUUCUCUUCAACAAGUAUCCUGCGUUCUUUCCAAUUUCAAUAUAUUUCUCCAAAAUCACUCAUAAUCACAUCAAAGCAGAUGCGCCCCCAGCGACCUCGACUGCAGCAGCGACGUUCUCUUUUGGAGCGUCCGCUUCAAAUGGAACCAGCCAGCCAAUUUCGUUGUACUCUCCCUUUCAUCUUCACUGACGGUUAACCUUUCUUGUCUUCUCUUUGUCUUCUAAAGAAGAACUCCUCGAGAGUCGAAGUAGAAAGGUCAUUUUCACAUUCACCCGAAGAUAUUUAUAAAUUCCAACUAUCGUCUUCAUCAUCAUCCUCGUUACCGCAUUGAACAGCACAACAUGAAAUAUAUCCAAUACAACAUCAGUGGCGCACCAGCCCCAGCUCCAGCAGCUUCGAGCAGUUCUGUUUUUAGUUUUGGUGCAACUCCUAGUCCGGCAGCUGCAACAGCCAGCUCGUCCCCUAAAAAAAUAGGAUCGGCAGCAGUGACAGUAGCGCCUUCAUCUGCUACUGCAGCAGUCGACUCGAAAGAGAUGAAGGCACUGGAGAGGCAAGUAAAAGAUGCAGUGGCAGCCCAAGAUGCCUUCAAACGGAGUAUCCACGCAGAGCUAGACGACCUCAGAAAAGAGGUCUUGGAGGUACGAUUUCUGCUUGAUCAAAUAUACCCUUGUCUUGAAGAACCCCAGAUAUAGGAUUGGUAACACAUACAGAUACACAUCAUAAUUAGCACAUACUUGCAGAUUUGUAAUCAAGAACAUGAACAUCAACUUGUUGUUUUGUUUCUCUUUCCUUGAUAUUCGUCUACACCCAAAUCCAUUUGAAUCAAUACUAAAACAAAAUACAAUUACUCAACACUCACAGCUCGCUUCCGCUGCGCCCGCUUCGUCGGGCAGUGUGCUCGCCUCAUCUUCUUCCGAAAGCGCGAUUCGCGAAGCGACGCGAAAGAUCGAAGCUUUGAGUACGAAACUGGCCAAGUCUGAAGAAGGCAAUAAGAAACAGUUCGCUUACAUACAAGAGCGGAUCGAGGAACUCGCGACAAAACAGGAGACUGCAGUCGUUGACGUCGAUGCGAAACUGGCGGCUAUGGAGCAGGAAAUCGGCAAUCAGGUGAACGAGAAAAUUCUCAGCCUGCGCACGAAAAUCGGUGCAGACUUGAACGCAGUGCGCUCAUCGCAGGCCCGACCGAGCACCAUGAUGAAUAGUGGACUGGUAUUCUAACAUUAUAACAUUCAUUCUAGUAAGGUUUGUGUCUGCAGCAGCAGCUGCACCAUGUGGAAGUGCUUCAAUCUUGUUGUUCACUUCGCUUACGACCAUUUCAAUAGUAUUGAGUAAAGUCUUGAUACAAGAACUUAAGCUCAACACCUGAAUGAUAUUCUACUUCGUAGCAAUGACUUGUUUAAUAUCAGUAUCUCUAUCUCGCCUUACGUUUACUUCUGAAUGAAAAUUUCAGGACACGGAUCGCGUCUAUGCACUUGUAAAUGAGCAGAAUGAGAGUGUCCUCCAGGAGACGGGGAGGCAGGUCCAAGAAGUCCGCGACUUUGCCGCGACGCAGAUGAGCGAAACCGAAAAACGCUUUGAAAAAAUGGUCUCCGACAUGCGGGACGCUCUGAAACACGAGAUGGAAGGUAUUUUCAACUUAUAAUCUGUACUUUCUAAAUAAGCAAAUUUUUUUUAACCAGCUAAAUUAUUUCCUAGAAGAUAUGUCGAACCAUAAAUUUGCAGGUAAAUUCGAUAAGAUCCGUACGCAAAAUGCUUAUAACCCGGCAAGUAGUAGUUUUUCAUCGCGGCUGUCGAAUUUGCGAGCACAACGUGGCAAUAUGUCGGUCGGCACGCCAGAGACGGUAACCGUUUUCGGCAACUCAGCUCGUCGCGACCCCCCACGAAGUGGCGUCUUUACCCCAACCCAGCUAACACCGAACCGCGACCAAACGAAAUAAAUACUAGUACUGCUGCUCAGUACUCAGAAGUAAAUACUAGUAGUUCAGAGGACCAAAAGAAAAAGACAUGACAGGAGCAGCAUCUUCUUCUUCAAGGAUUGAUUGUGCAAGGUCAUCGGGAUCUUCAUCUGCCUUGGAAAAAUCUAAAUUUUUACAAGGUGCAAGAAGCAUAAACGGAAUUUGAAAGAAAUACCAAUACGUAUACGUAACAGGCUUCGGCAACAGCGUGCAGCUCAAAACCUUUAUUUAGUUAACCAAAUCUAAUAUAAUCAGGCUGCGAAAGAAGUUAGACUCUCGACCUCUAGGUAGGUGCAGGUCUUACUUUUUAACCUCUUUGUAACUAUCAAGAUAGGAAGUAGUCAUGCAUAGGUGUUCCAAGUCCCGCGCACGAUUUCAGAAAGAAGCACAUGCUAAUGCUUGGAGGAAAUAGAAGGUUGACGAAACACAUAAGUACUUGAAAUGAAAUAAGGAUAUGCUUAUCGUGGUCUUGCAAUGUAUUAACAAAUAAACGGCAACCGAAGUUUGUUUUGCAUGAAUGUUUCCACCGACCUUUGUUCGACGUGGCCACCUUGUCGAGCAUGAUCGAAUCGGCGCCUUAGAGAUCGGAAACCACUGGUAGCAAUGAAUACUUAUAAGUGGAGGUUACAAGAAAGAUCAUGGUAAGGGGCGGAGGGGCUCUUCGACUUGAUCUUGGAAAAAACGACACUAAUGUCCAUAUGAUAUGCGUUUGCGUUUCAGGUUCAGCCUCCCUCGUUUCGCCGCUCUUAUAAAUCACAUUUAUUCCUGAUGUUGCCCUCAAUUUAUUACCAAAAGAAAAUGAAGAUGAAUAUCGAGGACCACCACGAGGCUGGAU